AAUAAAGCUGGAUUGGAUUCAGUUUCGGCACCUUCACCUUGUAGUGGUGUUGGUCCCCGAUCCUCACUUUUCUCUGAAUUCUUGUGUCUUGUUUCAUAUUCUCUCGCAGUACUGUACUUUUGGAAACCCUGCUUGUUGAGCGGGUCUCAACAAGUGGCGCCCAAACAGGGACCCAAAAGUGAAUCCAGCCUGUGAGGCUAGCUCCUAGCAGCAGAGAACACAGGGAAAUCCGGCCAGGUAGGCGGAGAAGGAAAGUACGCUGCUCUGGCUCAAUUGUUUCUGUGCUGAGGCAUAAGGAACCUGAGCUAUUUGGAACCCCUGGAAAGGCACCUAGUGGUGUCCAAUCUGAUACCAUCUGCCUGGAAGCAUACAAACCAGAAAACCUUCUCUUUCCUUCAGGCCAAUAGCAUCAUGCACCCUUGGGUAGCCAUCCUGGGCCUCCUACUCCUUCUGACAGAUGGUGUAACCUCUUACCAUCAAGUGACUGGAGUAGAGGGUCAGUCUGUCAGGCUACCCUGCUCAUAUACUGGAGAAAUCACAACCGCAUGCUGGGGCCGAGGGGAAUGUUCUUUGCUGAGCUGUGGAAGUAACAUCAUCUGGACUGAUGGAUACAAAGUCAGUUUUCAGAAGGACAGACGUUAUCAACUAAAAGGAAAUAUUGGUGAAAGGGAUUUGUCUUUGACCAUAGAGAAUGCUGUCCCAUCUGACAGUGGCUUGUAUUGCUGCCGUAUUGAGAAAAGAGGGUGGUUCAAUGAUAUAGAAAUCAUUCAAGAGUUGAAUAUAUGGACAGGUUUCUCAGGAGACGAGUAAUGUGAUCUGGUAUUCCCAUCUCCUCAAGAAUAUUCCACAGUUUGUUGUGAUCCACAGUUAAAGGCUUUCACAUGGUCGAUGAAGUAGAAGUAGACAUUUUUUGAAUUCCCUUGCUUUUUCUAUGAUCUAGCGUAUGUUGGCAAUUUGAUCUCCAGUUCCUCUGCCUUUUCUGAAUCCAGCCUGUACAUCUGGAAGUUCUCUGUUCACGUACUGCUAAAGCCUAGCUUGAAGGAUUUCAGUAAAACCUUGUUCUAAUGUGAAAUGAGUGCAAUUGUAUGGUUAUUUGAACAUUCUUUGGCAUUGCCUUUCUUUGGGAUUGGAAGCUGAGAAGUCCCAUAAUCUGCCCCUCAAGCAGGAGAACCAGGACACACAGUGAUAUAAUUUACUCCAAAUCUAAACUUCUGAAAAUUAGGGGUGGGGAGGGCAAUACAUCCUAAUUUGAGUCCAAAACCUGAGAGCCAGGAGUGCAGAUAUCUAAGAGAAGGAAAAAAAUGGAUGUCUCAGUUAAAGCAAAGAGAGCAAAAUGUG